CUACUGCUUCGCUCAUAGACAUAGAAAUAGAGAGAGAGAGAGAGAGAGAGAGGAAUCGACUAAAAACGGACUCUCUCGUUGCCUUUUAUUUUGUUUCUUUUAUUUUAUAUUCACCUUCCCCUCUCUUUCAUCUGCUUCUUUCCUUGUCCUGGAUCUCGAAACAACCCAAGCAAUCGAAGUGAAAGUGUUUUGUGAUGGAUUCUUUAUCUGAGAUCUUUGAAUCUUGAUUUGAGUUGGAAAGCCUGGGAUCUUUUCUUUUGAGCUUUCUUUUCAGCUAGCGGUUGACCAGGGUCAUUUGUUUUAAUAAUUUAGUUGAUUGAAGGCUUUGUGGCUGGAGCUGUUGAUGGUUAAACUGUAAUCUGAUAUAUUCAGGAAUAAGAUGGUCUUAGACUUUGAAAAGGAAGGAACAUGGUUGGAGUUACUACUGUGAUGUGAUUACUCUAAAUGAAGGCAGCUAAGGCGUGGCGGCUAGGCAUUGGAGAUUUCCAUAUCAUGCCUGCGCCGCGCCACCGGCCUCCUGUAAAGAGGCCAGUGUGGAUUAUUGUCUUAGUUUCUUUUGUGAGCAUGUUGCUAAUUGCUGCUUACAUUUAUCCUUCCCAAAGCUAUGGAACGUGUUAUAUGUUUUCUUCAAAUGGCUGUAAGACUUUUUCCGAUUGGCUUCCGCCUGUUCCUGUCAGGGAGUUAACUGAUGAUGAGAGAGCAGCUAGUGUUGUUUUUAGUGAUAUUUUGAGAACACCGCCUGUUCAGUCAAAGACUGCUAAGAUUGCUUUCAUGUUCUUGACUCCGGGUCCAUUACCUUUCGAAAGGCUGUGGGACAAAUUCUUCCAUGGCCAUCAAGACAGAUUCACUGUUUAUGUACAUGCAUCUAAGGAAAAGCCAGUGCAUAAGAGUCGUUACUUCAUUGAUCGAGAAAUUCGUAGUGAGAAGGUCGUAUGGGGGAAAAUUUCUAUGGUUGAUGCUGAGAGGAGACUUUUAGCUAAUGCGCUACAAGACCCUGAUAAUCAACAAUUUGUCUUACUUUCUGACAGUUGUGUGCCGCUUCAUGAUUUUGAUUAUGUGUAUAAUUAUUUGAUGGAUACAAACAUGAGUUUUGUUGACUGCUUUGUGGAUCCUGGCCCACAUGGUUCUGGCAGAUAUUCAGAACAUAUGUUACCGGAGGUUGAAAAGAAGGAUUUUAGGAAGGGUGCACAGUGGUUCUCGAUGAAGCGGCAGCAUGCUCUAAUAGUGAUGGCAGACAGUCUUUACUACACGAAGUUCAAGCUUUACUGCAAGCCGGGGAUGGAUGGGAAAAAUUGCUAUGCUGAUGAGCAUUACUUGCCAACCCUUUUUCAUAUGAUUGACCGUGAUGGCAUUGCGAAUUGGUCAGUCACACAUGUUGAUUGGUCUGAGGGAAAAUGGCAUCCAAGGGCUCAGGAGGUCACCUAUGAGCUGCUGAGGAAUCUCACAAAGGAAGUGCAGAUAAGGCCUUGCAUUUGGAAUGGUAUGAGAAGGCCGUGUUACCUAUUUGCGAGGAAGUUCUACCCGGAAACUCUGGAUAACUUGCUGUUAGUGUUAUCAAACUACACAUCAAUGUCAGAGUUUUCUCAGUGA